AGCCCUUUCAUUGAAUGGAAAGGGCCAUCUGACUCUUGGAGGUCGACGGCCCAAGUCGCCAGUUUAACCACUAGGUCCACGAUCGAGUUGAAUCAAGAACACCAUGUUCAAAAAACCUUUAGGAAAUUUAAAAACUUCGGCGCCCCUGCGCAGCUCUGACAGGCGCAAGCUCAAACAACGCGUUAUUCAAACUUUUUCUCUUGAUCCAGAUGUCGGUGAGGACCUUGUACCGGAAGGUUUGAUGUCCGCGAAGUUCAACACACAUAUCGAUGAUCCCGGUGUGGCAUAUCUGGGACCUGGCGGAGACCCAUUGUGGUUCACGCUUGGGAGAGGCAGCGAGGACCUGAUUCCGACUGUAUAUACCCUGUGGAAGAAGCCUGAUCUUCUGCCGUUUUUGUCCACACCAUCUGCAGUGAUUCCUGUUCUCGUGGGUGGUGCUGAUCUCAUGAUUCCUGGAGUUGUACGAUACGCACCAUCACUUAAAGCUUCACAUCUUGUGAGCAUUACAGAGCAUGCUCGCGAUUCGACGCGCAUUGGCCCGCCACUUGCUGUUGGGCGCAUGGCAGUUGAUAGUGAAAUCUUAUCUGAGGUUGGCGCGAAGGGAAAGGCGGUGUUUGUCCUGCAUGCUUGGAAAGAUCAUCUAUUUGAUAUGGGACACAAGGGUAGUCCACCGGACCCAUGGGAGAUGAGCCAGUCAGUGGCAACCGAACAACUGGCCAUAGAAGACGAUGAUGAUGCAGAGAAUGAUCCAUCGAAAGAACCAUCAGUUGAUGCGCUAGGCUCUCACUUGGAACAAACGCAGUUGUAUGAUCCUGCUCCAGCCACAGAAUUGGGGAAAGAAGACAUUUCAAGUAUUCUGCAUGAUGCCCUUCUUCAGGCAAUAAAAACGAGCCUAUCAAGCAGUACCCAGACCUCUUCGCUCCCUAUGUCCGCUAGCACGUUUUACUCGACUUACAUUCUACCCUCGCGACCUGCGCAAUCACCAUCACAACCAACUAUAUCUACACCCAUCGAUAUUAAGCAUUCCUCCCACAAGUCCCUUGCGUAUUUUCUCAAAUCAGCAGAGAAACAAGGCCUCUUGAAACUUAAAGAGAUCAAAUCUGAGCUGAUGGUAUUUUCCGUGGCCUCAGCACAUGCAGAUGUUGUCGCACACAGACCAUAUCUAUCUCUCAAGGAAGUGUCUCUCAGGAACGAGAAGCGUGGACAACGAGAAGAAGAAGAGCGCACACGAGUCAGAGAGCUUGAAGUGACGGAACUUUGGAAACCCCAUCAACAAUCGUUGAAAUUCUUUGAUGAUGCUGGAUUUGAUACAUCAACCCUAUACACCUACGCAGAUAUAAAGACUGUCAUCGACAGAUUCGUCACCGAUCGCCAAUUGGUGAACGCACACGACCAAUCGUAUAUCAACGUUGGCGCAGACGAGCUUCUGCAGACCACCAUCUGGAAGUCUGACAAUCCAGCCGAUAUGGAGUUCUUCAAACGCGAGAAGGUGAUCGAGCGCCUAGCAGAUAAGAUGCAGAAUUGGUACAAGAUACGUGCGGUCGGCAGGGAUCCUGUGCUCAAGAAGGGCCAGCUCAAACCAAUAUCGGUGGUGGUUAAGAUCAGACAAGGUCGUAAAGCCUGCACACUCAUCACUGGCUUCGAGCCAUUUUUCUUGGAGGCAGUUAAUCUUGCGGAGGAGCUGAAGACGAUAUGCGCUUCUUCAACUUCAGCUUCACCUGCAUCAGGAAAGUCAUCAGGCAUGGAAGUACUCGUGCAAGGCAAGCAGAUCAAAGCGGUCACAGAAUUUUUUGCCUCGCGAGGCGUGCCGAAGCGAUGGGUGGUGACAGAGGGUGGGGGAAAGAAAUAGAUGGAGUACAGGCACAGGGUGAGUCUGAUGGUUAGGUUGGGAGUUAUUCUUCAACACGAAGGCGUGUAUAUGUUACGAUCGAUGGUGAGAUAAAUAUAAAACUAAAUACUUUACUCUACGCAUCUUGCAGUCUCCAUGCUGCAUCCUUUGGCUUGGAACUCUUGUUUUGCCUGCUUUCUGUGUUCCCUUCCCUUCCAUGGAGGCGUACCCGCACAAGGCUUGCCGGUGUCAUUUGCCAAAAGCCAUGUUUUUAUUGCCGGUAACCAAGUCCUCUAUAUAGUGAUGUUUCAAAGAGGUACACAACCCAGCUAGGCAUUAUCUCAGGGUGAAAAGUUUAAAGCGGUUGGAGAGACCGGCCGCAGUGUCACGAACGCGUCAUGUAACGCGUGACACCGUGAUCGAGCGCUAAUGAUC